CUGACCCACACACAUCAUGGGCUGGUAACAAACAUAAGGACAUCCUAGGGCUUGAUUUGCUCUUUUGACAGCCUAGCCUUGUUUUUUCCCUUCCUGCUGGUACUUGGUCCCCAGCUGGAAGUGUAUAGUUUUUUUUCCUAUGCCACUUUAAGCAACAGGUGACUUAUUUUUUUCCCUUCCUUGUAGGGGGCCCUGGCCCAAGCGCAAGUUUUAUUGGGACUCUAACAGGAAAGGCACAGAAAGACACUGUGGUGCUUUUGAUUGGAAAACUAUUCCGGACCGGGGAAUUGACUCUUGAGAUUGUGCUUUCAGCCUGUUAGUGCAUGAGAGAGAUGGAAGCACGGUCCUCCACCACCAUGACUACCAUAGUCGAGACCAAGAAUGACGUGAGCGCACAUCCCACACGUUCAUCCAAACGCACCUUAACGGAUGACCUUCACAUCACGUUCAGCUCCCCUGUGGCCUGGAUCCUCGUGCUGGCUCUCGUUGUAACCUGGUCGGCCGUGGCCGUCAUUAUGUUUGACCUGCUCGACAGCAAGGAUCUUGAAGGACCUCAGCCACACCGUGUCAGGAAAACAUUAAAGGAAGCAGGCAGCCUUAGAGGAGGUAUUCAGCACAUCAGCCCUGAUCCCAUGAAGGCGGUGAGUGAAGCCAUGGACGACUCUGCCGAUUGGAUAACGUCAACCUUGAGUUUUAUGACUAAUUUGCUAGCACCGGAAGAGGAGGAAGCGGAAGGUGAGCGUCAUUUUGUGAGGAAAAAAGGAGAAUUCUUGCCACCGAGGAAAAAAGUUGCAGAGAUAUGGGCCAAGGAGAUGUUAGAAGAGGAAGGGGAGUAUGAGGAGGAAGAUGAAGAUGAGGUGCUUGCUGAUGAAGAGGAGGAGGAGGAGGAAGAAGAAGAAGAGGAGGAGGAUGAAGAAGAAGAAGAAGAGGAAGAAGAAAGUGAUGAGGAGAUCAAAGAGGAGGAAGAAGAGGAGGAUGGAGAAGAAGAGGAGGAGGAAUUAGCGAAGGAAGCGGUGGUGGAGGAAGAGGGAAAAGAAGAGGAGGAAGCUGAUGCUGAGGAAGAAAAGGAAGAUGAAGAGGAGGAAGCAGCAGCAGAAGCUGUGCAGAAGGAGGAAAAAGAAAAAAAGGAAGAGGAAGCUGAUGCUGAUGCUGAGGAAGAAAAGGAAGAUGAAGAGGAGGAAGCAGAAGCUGUGCAGAAGGAGGAGGAAAAAGAAAAGGAGGAAGAGGAAGCUGAUGCUGAGGAGGAAGAGGAACAUGAAGAGGAGGAAGCAGAAGCUGUGCAGAAGGAGGAGGAAAAAGAAAAGGAAGAAGAGGAAGCUGAUGCUGAGGAGGAACAUGAAGAGGAAGCUGAGGAAAAGGAAAAGGAGGAAGCUGAUGCUGAGGAAGAAAAGGAAGAUGAAGAGGAGGAAGCAGAAGCUGUGCAGAAGGAGGAGGAAAAAGAAAAGGAGGAAGAGGAAGCUGAUGCUGAGGAGGAAGAGGAACAUGAAGAGGAGGAAGCAGAAGCUGUGCAGAAGGAGGAGGAAAAAGAAAAGGAAGAAGAGGAAGCUGAUGCUGAGGAGGAACAUGAAGAGGAAGCUGCUGCUGCUCCUGCUGUCGAAAAGAAAGAUACUUCGAUCCCUGCUGAACCUGAUGAGGAGAAAGAAGAAACUGCAGAACAAGUCACUCCUAAAGAAACCGAGGCAGCUGAUGAUGAGGAGGAGGGCAAAACUGAUGUAGAUAAAGAACCACCUGAGGAAGAAGAUGGAAAAGAAGAUACUCCUGCUGAUGGUAAAGAUGAUGACCAAAAAGAUGACCAAAGUGAGGAGAAAGAUGAUGACGGUGAGGUCCAAGAGGCUGAUAUCGCCAUUGCUCUUGGUAUUAUAGCUGAUGCUGGUGCUACAGUCACUGAUGUUGAAGUGCAAGAAACUGACAUAACAACCCUGAAAGAAGAGGAGAAAGAUGAAAAGGAUGAAAGCGCAGAGGAAGUGGAAAUUGCUGCAAAAGCACCAGAACCAGAACCGGUCCCUAAAGCGGCAGUCGAGGAACUGAAAGAAAAAGAAGCAGAGGAACCUGUGGCAGAGGCUGAAAAAGAAGGCAAACAAAAAGAGGCCUCUACCUGUCCUUGUAUGCAUUCAGUAAUACAUAAAGAGCCUCAAAAAGCCCAAGACACUAAACCAAAGGAAGAAAAAGCUGAACCUGAUAAAGUAAAGAAAAGAGAAGCUGAGACUAAGAGAAGGGAACCCCUGCUUAAACAGAAAAAAGAAAAAGAGUCUCCAGUAAGAACAAGACUAGAGAAAGCAAAGAAAGCUCCAAAAGCAAAGACAGUGGAUGUCAACAUACACAAAAAGAGAAGAUCUCGAGCCUCAGAGGUUGUGGAAGUGUCAGCUGCUCCAGCUCCGAUACAGGAUCUUCCUAUGUGCCGACCAACACCUGUGUACUGCCCAGUGCCCCCUGGCUGGUAUGUGCAUCAUAUAGUUACAAGUAGCCCAUUACCACCAUCGGCUAUUCCAGAAUCAGAAGUUCCGAUUUUAACAACUCGUCAAGCUCCUACUGUACUGAAAGAACCAGAAGCUGCUGUGGCAAAGCCAAAACAAGCCACUAAAAAGAAAGAACCAGCUGCGCCAAAAGAAAAAGCCAAAGUUCCUGCAAAGAAGGAGCCCACAGUUACUAAAGCCAAAGUAAAACCUUCAGUGGCAAAGAAAGAGCGAUUGAUCACUAAAGAAAAGGCUAAACCUACCUCUACUAAGAAAGAGCCAGCAGUAACAAAGAAGGCAAAAGUAACAACAGCCUCACAUAAAGAAGAGAAAGCUGUAAAAGAAGUGAAGCCCAAAGCAGAGGUCAAGAAGAAGGCUCCACCAACACCGAAAGCCAAUCAAACCAUUAAAGAAGUUGUGGGAACACCUGUUCCAGAUGAGAAGAAAACAACUAAGGAAACCCAAGACAAACCAGCUGAGGCACCAGCACCAGCAAAAGAUCUGAAAGCGGAGGAAAAUGUCACAGAGGGGAAAAAGCCAGGCAAGAUACCAUACUUCCAGUGUGUUUUAAUGAGUUCUAAAUCCAGCCAAUAUCCACUGCGGCCCAUGUCCCCAGCUAUGAGUCCAGCUAUUAACCCCACCAUGAUGAGAGCCAUGAUGGAGCAGAGGGCUGCGUUACUGCUGCAGAAAGCCCGUGCAGAUGGCCAGUAACUGGACGACAGACCCCGUCCGGCCCUGCCAGGUGCAAACUGCUUAUGAACUUCUGUAAAAACACAGUGCUGCUAGGCUCUCAAGAGCUGUCCACCUUAACCA